CCUCCCUGCCUUUGGGCAGCCUCGGUUGAUCCUUGCAGGAUUUCAGUUCGGCUCUUGAUGCCGGCCCUGUGGGUGUGGCAAGAAGAAUGACUGGUUGCUUCGUGGUUCUUGAUCCGGAACUUGUCUGGGCACCCCGGAAGAGGUAGCUCGCCCGUGAGACGCGUGUUAGCUGCCUAGAGGUGAAGAACGGAAAGGCGCGACUGAGAAGAAGGGGUGUUUUAGAUGCUCUCCAAAUCCUUGGUUAUGGAAUAUUUGGCUCAUCCUGGUGCUUUCACCUUGGCUGCUGGAGUUGCUUGUGGCAUGUGUCUGGGCUGGGGCCUCCGAGUACGCUUUGGGAUGCUCUCCAAAAGCUUGACGAGCAAGACAGACACAGAGGCUGGAAUGGAAGCAAGCGUCUUAGGAGACAAUGGAGAGUACAAAAUGAUUCUUGUGGUUCGAACCGACUUAAAGAUGGGAAAAGGAAAAGUGGCUGCCCAGUGCUCUCAUGCUGCUGUUUCUGCCUACAAGCAAGUUCAAAGGAGAAACCCUGAAGUGCUCAAACAGUGGGAAUACUGUGGCCAGCCCAAAGUAGUGGUCAAAGCUCCUGAUGAAGAAACCCUGGUUGAAUUACUGACCCACGCGAAAAUGCUGGGACUGAUUGUGAGUUUAAUCCAAGAUGCUGGACGUACUCAGAUUGCACCAGGCUCUCGAACUGUCCUAGGAAUUGGGCCAGGACCGGCAGACCUAAUAGACAAAGUCACUGGUCACUUAAAACUUUACUAGGUGGACUUUGAAUGAUAACAAUUCCUCUACCACAUGUGUUUGAAGCCUGUCAAAUUCUAACAAUAAAAGCCGAAUUUCUUCCCCCAAUUUAAAUAUUCUUGAGAUGAAAAUAAAAUCCAUUCCUGUGCUC